CGCCCCGUUUUGAGGCAUUGAAACGAGGCAGUUGCGUAAUUUGUCUUCUUGUCAAACGCGUAAAGCGCUUGACAUCUCUGGCUGGCUGUUGUGUCGUUCUCAUUUGCGGCAUAUUGAAUGACGUGAUCUCCAGUUUAUUUCAGCUGAGGACAUGCGGUUAUGGGCAACGCUUUGUUGAGCAGGAUCCACGGCUAGAAUAAAACACCUCUAAGAACUGAACGAGGCAUUGAGAGAGGACGAUAACAGUGGAUUUAAUGACACUCCAUCAAAGCAUCACAUUCUGAUCAAAAGAAACAUGGAUGGAUGGAUGCCGCCUCAGUUUCACACGUUGUCAGACCAUAAGAAGUUUUGUCAAGACAGUUCCCUCACGAUGGACCAAGGCACGCCAUACAGCAUAAACAUGAAUGUUUUUUUACCGGACGUCACCUACCUACGGACCGGCAUGUGUAGACCCGUGAGGUCCGCGGCGCCUCAGAUAAAGACAGAACCUCUGCAUUCGUCUUUCAACUACUCCAGUUGCCACGGCUCGGUUGCACCCGCCGUUACGCAUCCAGAGUACACAAACCUCUACAGCCCAGCUACGGAAAUGGGUAGCAAUGUUUACGUCAAGCAUGAGACGCCGUCCCACGAAUUCCCAGAUGUUCCACUUUUUCAGCUGUUGAAUUCGGAGCUCGAGCCCAAUGGUGUCCACCCUUGCACAGAUUCCCACAAUGCCACAUGCCCUCCGAUGCCAACAUAUAACGGCAUUCACACACACCCCGGCCAGAUUGCAGAACGGCCACAUUGUAAUAUGAGCAACAGUGGAUAUUCACUACCUACCCAGUUUGGUCAGUAUCUUCAGAAGAGGGCGGCCUAUCUACCACCCUCCCCUCCAAACUCAGAACCGGGCAGCCCGGACAGGAGGAAAGAACUCAUACAGAACUUAUCUCCACCUCCGUCAUAUGCUGCCAGCAUGGCGUCUAAAAUGGCAGGUCUUACCCCUGGACCAGCACUUUCUGGCCAAACACAAGCAGUACCUGCCCAAUACAACCGCAGAAACAAUCCCGAUCUAGAAAAAAGGAGAAUACAUCACUGUGAUGUACCAGGAUGUAAGAAGGUCUACACCAAGUCCUCACAUUUGAAGGCCCAUUUACGUACUCACACAGGCGAAAAGCCAUACAAGUGCUCAUGGGAGGGGUGCGACUGGCGAUUCGCCCGCUCUGACGAGCUAACGCGCCACUUCAGGAAGCACACAGGGGCCAAACCUUUCCAGUGCGCUGUAUGUAGCCGUUGCUUCUCCCGAUCGGACCACCUGGCCCUCCACAUGAAAAGACACCAGAACUAGAACCGCCGGCUCUCGUUGUUCUGACGGUGCUGCAGGAGGGCUAUCAGGACCUCUGUUGAUGAUGCUAAUUAGGAUUUGGGUGUGUUGGUUAAUCUUGGGUUUUGGCAGUUCAUCAGGUACAAUGGGACCAAACCCUGCUGUCAGUGCGGCUCCUGUGGUCAUAAAACCAGCUAAUUGAUGAGAACUUGUCUCAUUUGCCAGAUGGGACAUUCUUUUGACAUGUUUGUUUGUCUGUUUGUUUAUUUGUUUGUCUGCAUACAUUGAGGUCAUCAUCUAUGACAUGAACUACUUUUAAUGUGCCUUUUUUACCUUGUAGAAUGGAGGUGCCAUGUAAAAUGUACAACGUUCAAGAACUUGUGGGCAGUUUUAAUCUUCUCUAAAGUAAUAUUCCAGAUUGAAUACAAAUUAAGAUUAAUUGACUUCA